AAAACAGAAGUUAUGGUGGACAUAAGAAUAAUAUACUUGAUGUGUAUUACAGUCAAUAGACCAACACAAGUUGAAAAGUCAAUCUAAUUAUUUGCUUUCUUGUGGACGAAAACUGGGACACACUUUUCUUCAAAAUAGAUGAGACUCCGGCAUUCUUCUGUGAGCUGUCAGCUGCUGCUCGGAAUUUGCUUUGGAGCAGCCCUCGUUCUACUGUACAACAACCUAAUCUUUACCAAGCCAAACGUGCAAAAUGACAAUUUAAAGAAAAGAUUUUUUUUUAAAGAUCACGAGACAGAGCAAGUUCUAUAUGAAGUUGUUCAAAAAAUUUGUCAUCAAAAUAUUUCGAGCGGUCCAGGUCUUUACCAAACUAAACCAUCGCUUGACACAUCUGAUAUUCGGAAUAACGUCGAGAACAUUCCUCCAUACUACAACGAUUGGCCAGGUGCAGUCAACAGCUGGAGGAAUCACACUCGGCUUGCUUGCUCCAGCCUGGGUAUCAACACUAAUCCAGCUGAGAUACAGCCCCAUAUGGUCGACAAGGUGCUGGUAGAUGAUCAACACAAGAUCCUAUACUGUCAAAUCGCAAAAGUUGCAUCUACAAAUAUUGGAAAAAUAUUUGCAGUUAUAGCAGGCAAAACGAAUAGUUCAAAUCCCAGUCAAAUCCCAUCCGAGGACGUCCAUUACAAACUGAAUAAGCUGCAGGCACACCUCAGCGCAUUACCGCUGCCAGAAAUAAUUCAAAGAGUGAAAAACUAUUAUAAAUUCGUCUUCGUCAGAGAUCCUUUUGAACGCCUAAUAUCGGCGUACCGAAACAAAUUCUUGAGACCGGCGUCUAGUUACUUCGCUUACUUAAACAAAAAGCUUGUGUCAAAGUAUAGAACUAAUUUAACAGAAACAGGUGGUGUAACGUUUACAGAGUUUGUCAGCUACUUGCUUGACCAGGAACGGAAAGUUCCUAUGAACGGCCACUGGCAGCCCUUCUAUGAGCUUUGUUUCCCGUGUCAGAUCAAUUAUGAUUAUGUGGGAAAACUAACAAGUUUCGGGAAAGACAUGACCCAUAUAUUAAAAGAAACGAGACUAACUGGAAUGGUACAGAUUUCCAAUGAAUCAACAGUGCACAGUUUUCAUAAAACAGAUCUGUUCUUAAAAAAAUUCUACUCCCAGUUGUCCAAACCUGUCUUAAGGAAACUUUACCAAAUGUAUUUUCCAGAUUACGCUAUUUUUAACUUUCACCUUCCAAAUGUUAUUAAAACGAUGUUAGUUUAAUUAAAUGCUACAGUCUAACCGGAAUACGUGUUUUUUUCACAUUUUCCUCUUCAAACCUGUUUAAGAAGUAUUCAUUCAGCGAUUGUUUGUGCAUUAUCAUUAAGAAAACCUUAAGAUUAUAACGUAACUUAUUUGGCCAACGUUAGUUGUAUUCUAAACCACAAACACUAUUUGUAACUGUCUUUUACUUGUGAGGUAACUAACACUAUCUGUUUUAUUACUUAUGGCAUUUUAACAGUUCGAAUGGCCCUUGCAAGUUUACUG